AUGGGCCUCCUGAAAAGCCGGUGUUCUGCAAUGCUUGUGGGUGUAGAUGGAGGACAAAGGGAACUCCGGCAAACUAUACACCUCUUCACUCCCCGGGCAGAUCCCGAAGAAUAUAAGGAUCAGAGAGUUGCCAGACUGAAGAACAUAUCUCUUAAUAGGAACAAAGACAUAAAGCUUGUCAAAAGGAAGCCAAACCAUGAUGCCGGGGUGGUUGGAGGAAUGGCCUCUGAUUACGAGCAGAGCAGCCGGGAGGUUGUGGAUUAA